CAUUGCCAAAGAAUUUGGUAGCAAUGCUGAGGCUAGAGCUUAUCUUGCGGAAAGACAUGUGAAUUUCUUAGAUGUAAAUAGUCCCGAAUUUGUCAUCGCUAUUAAGGACUGUGUCAAUGAAUUUCAACAAAGCGUUAAGUUAAAUCUUGCUUCAGAACAAAUGUAUAUCGACUGGAUAGAAUGGAUUGUUUCAUCCAAUGAAGAAUCAAAAUUCGAAGAAGUUCAAGAAAUAAUUCAAAAAUCUAUUGAUAUUUAUCCACAAAGUCCGCAGCUUUGGUUGAAACGUAUUAACAUUGUUAAAUCAUAUGAGGGUCAGCAUCAAGACGAAUCAAUUGAUGAGAUAUAUAAAAUAGCGUUAAAACAUAAUCCCGAAUCUGUGAUACUAUGGAAUUCUUAUAUUUCAUGGAUUUUCACAAUGUGGAAGAAUGGUGAGCUUAAAGAUCACGAAUUAGAAAACACAAUUAUGAGCUCUAUCUCAAGGGUCGCUUCAAUACCGCUAAGUUUACAAGCCAAUAAAGGCAAUAAUUCUGAGGAAGUCAAGGACUUGGUCAUUACUCGAUAUCUAAAUUGGGCUGAUGAGAAUGGAGGAUUGGAAAAGGCUCGCAAAGUUUAUAAAAG